AUGUCAAAGGGAGAUGGGAUAAAGCGUCGGGAUGCUGCGUACAAACCUGUGACUAAGGGGCGACUGAUGGCGCGCGCGGGUUGGGUAGCGCGGGGGAGGGGCGCCCGCCCGCCCGCAAGCAACCCCCUCACAUUGGGAAAAUUCCCUCUUCAAAUUGUAUCAACUUUCCCGCAACUUUACAAUCGACGUCUUGAACUAUCAUCUUACAAGCUAACUGCAUCCAAACCAAAAUUACGUAAUAUAUAA